UCACCACACAGUAUAAUACGGGCGUCGGAGGAGGACACACCUCUCCGUCGCCCCGAGGUUAUAAACAUUCACAGUCGCGCUCUACACUCGCUGCUGCUCCGUGUGUGUGUGGUCUAGUCACUGUUACUCAGGUGUACAGUACUAUAGUGGAGAGGCGGUUAUAGCAGGUAGUGACAUUCCCGGCACCCGGCCAUCCUCACCACCACCGCCCAUUUCCUCCACCCACUGACACCUCCGCCCAUAUUUGAGGAGAGUAGUGGUGUGUGUGCGUGGCUCUCAAAUAGUGUUGUGGGGGAGGUCGACUAGUGAACCCGUUUGGUAAGGGAGCCAGCCAGCCAGCACCAGCGUCAAGGUCGCCUCAUAGAACAGGGUGUUGCUACAGUAAUGUGUUGUGGUGCAUUAGUACACUGCCGUCUCCCUGCACAUGGAGACCCACAUAGUGUACAGUACUACACCUUCUCACAGUGUACGCUCUUACACCCGCUGGUUACACUACAAAAUGUGUGAAAACAAUUAUCAAGAGCUGUGUAUCAAGUGAGUUAGUGAAUAUAGUAGUGGAGUGUGUUUAAAGGAGUGUAAUACCUGGGCCAUCACAUGGUUAAAAUGGGGCUCAAGGAACUGGACCCAGCUGAGAAGUGGACGCAUCCACCCAAGAAGAAAUGGAUAUUUAACUAUUUAGCUGAUGAUGACGGUGGGGACGAUGGUGCGCCAGACGAAACGGGCAAGAGAGAAGUGUUCAGACGAGACAACACGUAUAGUAGAGUACCGCCCACUACCACCACCCCCCCCACCACCACCAAUAACAACACCCAUCACCAUCACUAUCACCAUCACCACCACCACCUUAACAAUAACCAUAGUGGUGGAGGUUUGGCUACCGCCACAUCCCCACCUCCUCCACGUACAGCCCCCUCCAGUCCCGGCCAUGCCCGUGAAGAGCUGCAACAUCAUCAACAUCAACAGCGGCGGGUUCCUGCGUUAACGCCGCCCAUGGGUAGUGUGAGGGGGGGUGUGGUAGGGUGUGGUGGUCAGCAGCAGACAUCACCGCGAACCUCCGUGUCAUACCCGGGUUCACCAGCCUCCUCCUCCCCGCCACACCUCACAGUGACCCCGAGAGGUAGUGCAGCUUCCCCAUUGGGACUGCUCAGCGCUUUCCGCCAGGACUCCUCCUCCCCGCCCACCACCUCCACUGCCUCUUCCGCCUCCUCCUCUGACCCUUCCUCCAUCACCCGCCUCCCUCACGACGCAGCCCUCCACCUUACCAACGGCCUCACACGUCAUAAUGGUCUUAGUAAGUCGUUGGCAGCGCUGUCACCUUCCCCUCACACCCUCACGCAUCACGGCCUCUACUCGCCCGAGGAUCCUGCCUUCAAGGACGACAAGAAGCGCUCUGGAAGCACGCCAUCACGGGAAGUCCAUAACAAGCUGGAGAAGAACAGGCGGGCGCAUCUGAAGGAAUGUUUUGAGACCCUAAGACGCCAACUGCCAUCUAUGGACGACAAGAAGAUCUCCAACCAGACCAUAUUAAAGGCCGCUCACAGACACAUCCAGAAUUUGAAAAGAAAAGAGCGGGAGUAUGAACACGAGAUGGAACGUUUGGCCAGGGAGAAGAUCGCUCACCAACAGAAGUUGUCGGUGCUGAAGAAGGAAUUGUCAGCACGCUGGGACCACAUUGACUUUAACGCAUUACUCCCUGACAUGGCGUCCCUCGAACAACAUCGUGAUAAAGAGACCAAGUCGACCACCACUGCUUCUGAACAGCCAGACCUUGAGGAUGACACCCCAAGGGAUGCCGGCACUCAGGCUUCCUCCAUCGCCGCUCCUUGUACGCUCUCUCCUCGUCUGCACUCGGAGCCCCCUAGAGGGGCAAUCACCUUUGCUACCAUUGGUAUAGACGGGAGUUCCAAUAUUGGCUCUUCAGGUUUGGUACCUAGAGACCAUUUUACAGACCCUAACCAACCACUUAAUUUGUCAACCAGUAUCGUUGACUCAUCGAGAGCGUCUCCUCGGAUGCAACAGCUGGUUUCUCAAGGGAGAUCCCCACACCACAACGGUGAGUGGGGAUCACGGCAAGCGUCGCCACAUUAUACUUCAGCGGCGUACACUACCAGCAGCGAGGAAGACACGUGGCCAUCUCCAGAUAGUACCGUGGCACCCACCUUAACGCGGGAGACCGUGACAAGCGUACAUGGCGAGCAUUUACCAAUAAUGGGAAGCACAGGUAUUCAUCUACCAGCACAGCUGGUAGCAGGUGGAAUGCAACUUAAUGGUGCUCCAGGGGGUUUGUUAGGCCAGCCAGCCAUUCAGGUCAUCACCCCAGAAGGUUACAAAUUGCUGCCAGCAGACCACGCACCUAAUGGUGCUAAGCCGCUCACAAUCACACUUGCACAUCCAGCAGAUGGACUUGACAGAGGUGAAAACUCUGAUGAAGUAAAAACAAGUGCAGGUCCAAUGAUGGUUGCCCUCAAGAAUGGACUCCCUGCACUACAUCUGACUGUUCCUACCACUGCCCGGUCACUCUCUCAUACUCAAGGCGCAAAUGGAGCAAUAACAACGGUACCUCUAAACCUAAGUGUUGGAGGAGGACCAACCGUCAAGGUGACGCAGGCAACUACAUCCUCAAUCUUGUCGUCUUACGUGCCCAUAACUCACCCCAAUGGUAUCACACAGUUGGUGUCUGCUGGUCUGGGCAGCAGCAUGGGAACUCUUGUGUCUGGAAUCGGUCCUUCAAUAGUUACACCUCUGGUGGUAUCCCAGCAACAACGUGGUGGUAUGCCAGGCACCGUUACAACGGUUGGCAGUAAGGGGAUAAAAGCUACUGCUAUGGGAGGAACUGCCACCAGUAUGCCAUUGGUAUCGACCCAAUACACCACUUCCCUCGCCAGUGGUCUAGGAGGACUGGUGAAGCCUGUGGUCGUAGUGUCUGCUCCAGCAGCAGUCGCAGGGCUGAUGGCUGGGGCUCACACGGUGGCCUCUGGCAAGCCCUGAUGUGCACCACUUGGAGACAAUCCCAGGAGAGUACAAGCCAUACCUCAGCUGUGGGCCGGGCUUGAGGCUCUUAGUCUCUGCUGUCGCCCACUUUCACCGCCACUCUCAUUCUUCAUCGUCAUACUUGUUAUCAUGAGAAAACUAGUACAUAUUUUCAUGUUUAUUUUUAUGUGAGAUCAAACUUGACAUUCAUGGCAAGUUUCUCUAUGUACAUUUUCAUUACCGGUGAUGUUGGAGAUAAAUAAGGAUAUCUAGUUAUUCUUAAUUUUUAAAAUUUUAUUAGGUAAAUUAUUUUAUAAGGUGGCCAGCAUGGAAUCCAGGCUGCACCAGGAAGUGUGUGGUAUUGAAGGCGACUAUAGCCGGGGACUGGUCAUCAGUACCCGGCGGUCACCAAACUGUGAUAGUGGUUCAUCUAGUGACUCUUGUUCUCUGAGAGUUGCUGGGUAGGACUCCAUUAUGCUGGUGGAUGCACACUGCUCAACAUGGUGCCAGCCACCAUAUUUGUGUUGCACUCACUGGUGUAUAUAGCAUCACCCACCUGGUUGUUGGUGUUAUUGUUAUCAAACCUUGUUGUAAAUGUCUUAUCUUUAUUAUGUAUUGUGUAUGUAUACCUUCUUUUUUUUUGACCAAAUGAUCCUUUUAAAGGUGACUAAAUGUUGCUGUGGCUCCCCUGAUGCUCUGCAUACAAAGUAUGCACGAGUUCACAACUGCUGACAGUGAUAUACACCCGCUCAGGGUGACGCGGUUUCCCCCUCUUCCUCAGACCUGCCGCCCACCUCACCAAAUAUCCCAAGUGUACAAAUUCAACUGGUAGUCAGUUGUUACAUGCAAGUGUAUUGGCUGCAGUCUAUUGUACCAAGUGUUUUAGUGUCACUCUGGGCGGCAGUACUAUGCCAGAUCUCAGGGUUGACGGGGGUCCUUGGACCUCUGCUCACCUCAGUGCAAACAAGCCAUACCCAAACCCUCUUAAUUGAUAGUAAAAUGUUUCAAAUGUC